CUAAACACCCGCGAGGAUAGAAGAUAAGGCGAUGUCUUUUUGUCUUUUUCAAAGGCUCUGAAGCUUAGCGCAGAGCAACAAUGGCUUAUGCCACCAUUGCUUCACACAGUAAUAUCUUCUUCACGGAUUCGCCAUGGAUAUCUUCGAAGCUUUUGAGCUCUCAUUCGUCUUCUUUAAUAAAAUUCAACAAGAAGAAGAAGAAGAAGAAGUGCAAGGGGGUUUCUGUUCCAUUUGUUUCAGCUUCCUCGGCCUCGAUCCCUUACCCUCCGAUCAAUUUGGAGUAUCUACGGAGAGAAUUCUCCGGCCAUGGAGCCACUUUCGAAGAUAUCGGUGAGACGUGCAUUGCCAAGUUGAAGCUGGAGAACAGGAGCUCAGCCACUGUGGUGCUGUCACGUGGCAUGGUAACCUCGUACAAGGUCCCAGUGUGGCAUGGAGGAAAGAUGGAGCUUCUUCACACCUGGGUCUCGGAGGAGGAAGACGAUGAAGUGGUCAUACAAGGAGGAGUUUCAUCGGCCAUAUUUCCCGAUGAUCAAGAUCUCGACGAAAUCAGUUCUUGGUCGAUGCCCAGUGGCUGGAUUCUUCAGGGCAUAGCAGGAGAUUCCCAGGACUAUGUUCAGGUAGAGUUGGCAAGAAGGGACGUAGACAACAUGCUGGAGAUGAAGCAAGUUAUUACUCUUGGACAAGAAACACUAAGCUGUGAACUCACAGUCACGAACAAAAACUUGUCGCCGGUCCAAAUAAAGUGUUCACUUCUAAGCCAUUUGACAGUUAGUACACCAGAAGCCACAUAUGCAGUUGGUCUACAUGGAUCAAAUUACGUCGAGAAAACACCGUUUCUCCCGUGCCCCGAGACGAUUAUAGAAGAAGAUGAAGGAGAAAAACCCGGGUUCGGAGGGAACAAGGAAGAGAUUGAGUACGAAGAGCAGAGCAAUUACAAGCAGUUGAAUGAAGAGAUGAGCAGGAUAUACACAUGUGCACCUCAAAGCUUCACUGUCAUUGACAGAGGAAGAAGGAACUCAGUGGUAGUAGGAAGAGAAGGGUUAGAAGAAGUGUACAUGUUCAGUCCUGGCUCAAGGGGGCUCGAGAGUUACAGCAAAUCUGCUUAUGUCUGUAUUGGACAUUCUGCUCUGCUCAAACCCAUCUCUUUGGAACCCUGUUCUGUUUGGAGAGCUGUCCAGCACGUCCAUAACCCUAACUCUUAACCAUUUCCCUGUUUUUAAACAUGUAAUGUAAUUUCAUAAGUAAAAGGUUUUUUUUUUGGACAUAUGAAUAUUUCAGAGUUUUUAUUGGAUUUGUUCGGUUAUUUUUUA